GCAUGCCCGGAGCUCGGGGGCCGCCCUCAUGUCGCAGGUGUCGGGCUCCCCCGGGGCCCCGGCGGCCGGCGGGAAGGAGAAGAAGGCUUCCCUGGGGAAGAGGCUGUUCUGGCGGCGGGGAGGCCUGGUCAGCCGCUUUCUGCGGACCCUCAGCACCCUCUCCCACCUGAGCACCGAGCAGGGCCCCGAGCCGGCCAAGGCGGGCCCCCCAGCCCGGAGCCAGGCCCCCAGCCCGGAGCCCGGCUCCUCCCUGCCCCCGCCGCCCCCCGGCAGCCCCCGGGGCCCCGGCCUGUCCGGACUCAAAAACCACGGCAACACCUGCUUCAUGAACGCCGUGCUGCAGUGUCUGAGCAACACCGACCUGUUCGCAGAGUUCCUGGGCCUCGAGCAGUACAAGGAGGGCGAGGACAGCCCCCCCGGGGGCCACAGCAACCCGCUACCGGGCAACUCCCUGCCCAGCCCAGGGGCCCAGAGCCGGGGGGAGGUCACCGAGCAACUGGCCAAACUGCUGCGAUCCCUGUGGACCCUGGAGUACACCCCCCAGCACAGCCGGGACUUCAAGGCCAUUGUAUCACGCAAUGCUCUCCAGUAUCGAGGCACUUCUCAGCAUGAUGCCCAGGAAUUCCUUCUCUGGCUUUUGGACAGAGUUCAUGAAGAUCUGAAUCUUGUUGUCAAGCCCAAACCUCGGCCACCGUUGGAUGAAGAUCUGACUGGGGAAGGGCCGACCUUUCCAACAAGUGACACUUUUGUCCAGGAACUUUUCCAGGCCCAGUACAGGUCCUCCUUGACAUGUCCUCACUGUCAAAAACAGAGUAACACCUUCGACCCUUUUCUCUGCAUCUCUUUGCCCAUCCCUUUGCCUUAUACACGGCCUUUGUAUGUGACUGUGGUUUACCAGGGAAAAUGUUCUCACUGUAUGCGUAUUGGAGUUGCUGUCCCCUUGUCUGGAAAUGUGGUGAGGCUGAGGGAAGCUAUUUCAAUGGAGACCAAAAUUCCCACUGACCAGAUAGUAAUCACUGAAAUGUAUUUUGAUGGGUUCCAUCGCUCGUUCUCCGACACAGAUGAUUUGGAUACUGUCCAUGAGAGUGAUUGCAUAUUUGCUUUUGAGACUCCAGAAAUCUUUCCGUCUGAAGGAAUUUUAAGCCAGAGAGGAAACUGUGUCAAUAACAACCAGAACUAUAUCAGAAAUGGGACAGAUCACAGAUCUUCCCACUAUUCUUCUGGCUCCGCUCGACUUCCUAUGAAUAGACUGUCUGUUAACGACAAGGUUGUUCUUCUGGUGUGCAACAGGGCUUACAGCGGGCAGCAUGGCAGAAGAUUUGGGCAGCCAUUUGUUCUGCAUUUGGAGCGGAACAUCACAUGGGAUGUGCUGCAGAAAGAGAUUUUAGAAAAGAUGCAGUACUCCUUGCGUCCAUCUGUGUGUGUUCAGGUUUGCCCCUUCAGUCUACGUGUAGUUACGGCCGUUGGCAUUACAUACCUCUUGCCUCAGGAAGAGAAGCCUCUUUGUCACCCCACUGUGGAAAGGGCUUUGAAAUCUUGCGGCAUUGGUGGAGCUGCUCACGUCAAGAUGGUGGUGGAAUGGGACCGCGAAACCAAGGAAUACCUAUUUGGUAACACAGAAGAGGAAUAUGUCCCAGACUCUGAGAGUGUCCGUCUGCAGCGAGAGGUACAUCACCAACCACAGAACUGCAGCCUUUCCCAAUGUUUCCAGCUGUAUACUAAAGAGGAGCAACUGGCUCCUGGCAAUGCCUGGCGCUGCCCUCACUGUAAACAGCUUCAACAAGGCAGCAUUAAACUCAGUCUGUGGACCCUGCCUGAUGUGCUAAUCCUGCACCUGAAGAGAUUUCGACAGGAUGGAGAUCGAAGGGUAAAGCUACAGAACAUGGUCCGUUUCCCUCUGAUGGGGCUCGACAUGACCCCUCAUGUAGUGAAACGUAGUCAGAGCUCCUGGAGUCUUCCUUCUCAUUGGUCACCUUGGAGACGCCCCUACGGCCUGGGCCGCGACCCCGAGGAUUUCAUAUAUGACCUAUAUGCUGUGUGCAAUCAUCAUGGAACCAUGCAUGGCGGUCACUAUACAGCGUACUGUAAGAACUCCGUGGAUGGAUUGUGGUACUGCUUUGAUGACAGCGAAGUGCAGCCUCUGCCAGAGGACGACGUGUGCAAGCAGACGGCUUACAUCCUCUUUUACCAGCGCAGGGCGGCCGUCCCAUCCUGGUCUGCAAACAGUUCUGUGGCCGGUUCCACAAGUUCAUCUCUGUGCGAUCACUGGGUUUCCCGUCUCGGUGGUAGCAAGCAACCGAGCAUUGCCUCUGCGGCCUCGUCCCGACGCACUUCGCUUGCAUCAUUGGCUGAGUCUGUAGAAAUGACUGGGGAGAGAAGCGAGGAUGACGGUGGCUUUUCUUCACGUCCGUUUGUUCGCAGCGUUCAGCGACAGAGUAUAUCUGGGAGAUCUGUCACCAGCCCACUUGUUGCUAAUGAAAAUGUAUUCCGCCCAUCAUGGUCCCUUGCAGCGAAACUCCACUUGCGGGCAGCCACUUCUUGUCGUCAUCCCUCUGACUCUCCAGUCCAUGGCUCAUCCCUCAGCAAGAUUGGGGAAGCAGAUGACCACGUCUCCACUUCCUGUUUUGGAAGCCUGCGAAACCUGUCAGGGAGCUUUCAUGAGCACAUUGAGGGUGGAAGAAGAGAGAAUCGAGCAUCAUGUCGGGCCCCGAUUGCUGUGGCAGAUGGCGUCACCCAUGGAGAACCGCUGGCCAAAAAAUCUGCUCCUGUGGAGUCAUUUGGGAAAAGUGCUGCUGAACUUGUGAGCAGGAACCCUCUCCUUGAUCCUCUAGAUAACAAUAACCAUAUUGCCUUCGUGGAUCAAAGUGAUUCUGUAAACUCCUCCCCUGUACGUGAGAACCAUCCCCAGAGUGAGGAAAUACUGGGUAAAAAACUAAUAGACAGUAAGUCAGCAGUGGAACAAGAUAAAAAUGUACGUGUGCCGGCAGAGGAACCUUCUGUGGAAACACCUGCUGCUUCUGCAAAGCAAUGUUCAAAAACUAAAAGGAGUGAAAUGAAAACUCCUGUACGACGUGCAUCCACACAGCAUCGGAAAGAGACGACUCGAACACAGGAUACUCCUUCCUCUGCUUCUCAGCAGAGACAGAAAUCAGUAAGUUCUGCAGUCAGUAGCACUCUUUCCCCAGCACCCAAGAAAUCUGCUCAAUCUACAAAAACCUCAACUGUAUCCACCUCUUCCACUAAACAUCGCGCCCCGGAAAAGAGUCUAAGCAGAGAAGGGUCAAGGGUCAGCAUAGGUUCAGACAAAGUCUGUGCAUCAAAACCCAGCACACCCCGGGUGGCACCACCCAAAGCAAGUGAAAUGUCAACAGAGAGUCGGACAGUACGGAGUUCUUCUAUGGCCAGCCUUAGAACUCCCCAUAGUGCAGCAAGAUCUAGCCUGAAGCGAGACAGCAAGUCAGAGGACAAAGGACUCAGCUUCUUUAAAUCUGCUCUGAGGCAGAAAGAAAACAGACGCUCUGCAGAUUUGGGAAAGACCAGCCUGUUGUCUAAGAAACCUUCAGGAUCGAAGAGCUCAGGCCAGGAGAAGCCAGAGCUUGCUCCUCCUUUGAAAUCCACUGAGGUUGAUUCUAGCACCAAAAAACAUUCUUCCUUACCUGCACACAAAGCUAAGUCUUCCUCAGAUGAAAGACCAGUUCAGUCGUCAGACAGUGUCAAAAAGACUGCUGAUAAAUACCUGAAAAGGUUUCCUUCUACGUCAAAGCCAUCUCCAAAAACUCAGUGACCAAGGGUGCAGGGGCAGCUGUAACUUGCGAUCUUUGUAGACAUGAAUGCAGAAGAGCUGUCCCUGCUUACAACAGUUGUUGAGAAUAUGCCCAGUUUUCAGAUCUCCUGAAUUUUUAUUUUUAGUUUUUAUCUGGUACCUUUUUGGGAGACGGGAGAUCUUAUCUUUAACUCUUCCUACCAGUUCUUGCCGCAUGAACAUUGGCUUUUGUUGCAUUAUGGAUCAAACAACUGAUCGGCUGGCUGGAGAGUGCAGGACAGGUUCCACCAGCAGAAAAAUGCUUCUCAGCCAGUCCUACUGAAA